AUGUUUACGUCCUGGCGCAGUCUCUUGAGCUGGAAGCCCUUGAAAAUAGAAGGACACCGUCGGGCUGCCGAUAGAAUGGAACCUGAAGAGAUGAUCGAUUUGACAACGCCCGAAGAGGAGCAACGCGUCAUGCAGCCGCUGCCCGAUGGAAACAAUGGCAUCUAUUCGUGCCCCAUUUGCUUGGAUUGUCCUGAGGCGGCGGUGACCACCAAGUGUGGCCAUGUCUUCUGCAAGGAGUGUCUGAUCAAAGCCUUAAGUCAGUCUCAAACGUGCCCGAUAUGCAAGAAAUUCUCCAUAACUUUUAUUCGUUUGUAUACUUAA